UCAGCUAUCUGUUGUGCGUUUCAGAUCACGGUUUGCACAGCGGAGAGGCGAUCAACUUAAACCUGCAGCAUCCGGGCACAGCACUUCAGAACUAACUGAAAACUCAUUUUUAACUUUCUGAGCGUCAGUUUUAAAAGAUCCUCACAAUGGAAACACUGAUUAAGAUUGAAGGACCCAACUUGAAGUACAGUGAGGAGUACAUCGAGUCUCAGUACCCGUACCACAGCUCGGAGGUCUCGCUGGAGAAUGGCACUUACAAGGUCAAGCCCUCCACCACCCACUUCACGUUCCGCACGGAGAGGAAGGUGCCCAAGCUGGGGGUCAUGCUGGUGGGCUGGGGAGGCAACAACGGGACCACGGUCACUGCCGCCGUGCUGGCCAACAAGCUGGGAAUGACAUGGAGAACCAAGACCGGGGUGCAGAAUGCAAACUACCUGGGCUCACUGCUGCAGUCCUCCACGGUGUGCCUGGGCACGGGCCCGCAGGGCGACGUCUACGUGCCGUUCGGGAGGCUGCUGCCCAUGGUGCACCCCAACGACAUCGUCUUUGAUGGCUGGGAUAUCUCCUCCAUGGAUCUGGCCGCUGCUAUGGAGCGCGCUCAGGUGCUGGACUGGUCCCUGCAGGAGCAGCUCCGCCCUCACAUGGAAAAGCUGAAACCCAGACCCUCCAUCUACUUCCCCAAGUUCAUCGCAGCCAACCAGGAAGAGCGGGCCGACAACGUCAUCCAGGGGACCCAGCAAGAGCAGCUGGAGCAGGUGCGGCGGGAUAUCCGUGAUUUCAAGCAGAAGAGCGGCGUGGACAAGGUGGUGGUGCUGUGGACCGCGAACACGGAGCGCUUCUGUGACAUCAUCGCGGGCGUCCAUGACACGGCACACAACCUGCUCAAGGCCAUCGAGAUCGGAGCGGAGGUCUCCCCCUCCACCCUGUUUGCGGUGGCCAGUAUCCUGGAGGGCUGCGCCUACAUCAACGGCUCCCCGCAGAACACCUUCGUCCCGGGGGCGGUGGAGCUGGCCGUGCAGCGCAGAGUCUUCAUCGGGGGGGACGACUUCAAAUCCGGCCAGACCAAGAUCAAGUCCGUGCUGGUGGACUUCCUCGUGGGCGCGGGGCUCAAGCCCACCUCCAUCGUGAGCUACAACCACCUGGGCAACAACGAUGGCAUGAACCUGUCCGCCCCGCAGCAGUUCCGCUCCAAGGAGAUCUCCAAGAGCAAUGUGGUGGACGACAUGGUGAAGUCAAACCCUGUGCUGUACCGUCCGGACGAGAAGCCAGACCACUGCGUGGUGAUCAAGUACGUGCCCUACGUGGGAGACAGCAAGCGAGCCAUGGACGAGUACAUCUCAGAGAUCAUGAUGGGAGGGACCAACACCAUCGCCAUGCACAACACCUGCGAGGACUCCCUGCUAGCCAGUCCUCUCAUCCUGGACCUGGUGAUCCUGACGGAGCUGUGUCAGCGCAUCUCGUUCUGCACGGAGUCCCAGCCGGAGUUCCAGGGCUUCCACAGCGUUCUCUCCAUCCUGAGCUACCUGUGCAAGGCACCGCUGGUCCCGGAGGGCACGCCCGUCGUCAACGCCCUGUUCAAGCAGCGCGCCUGCAUUGAGAACACCAUGCGGGCCUGCCUGGGUCUGCCCCCUCAGAACCACAUGCUGCUGGAGCACAAGAUGCAGAGGAGCUCUCAGUGCAGCAAGCCUGGCGUCACUGACGCCGUUUCCAAGAAGCUGUCAGCCCUCAGCAACGGGCACGUCCAGAACGGCCUGGUCAAGCUCCACGGGCAUUAGGACCGCGCGGGGCGGGGCGGGGCGGGGCGGGGCGGGGCGGUGGGGGGGUCCAAAACAAGAUACAGGUCCGGGACACUGACCCUCCUGCUGUGUUUUGGUGCUUUGGCAGAAAACUUGACUGCAAUAUGUAAGAGACUUGACUUUCCCUGAACAAAUUGGCGUUGCACUUCAGAAACAGACGCCUCCUGACAGCGAAACAGGACGUUUUUUUUUUAAUUAUUUUUUUUUGGGGGGGGGUUAAACUUAGAAUAAAGUAACACACCUGCUCCCUGUCCAGCAGCUGAACAGGGCUUCACAACCUCUGAACUAGAUUGAAAUCCUGACGGCUGGUUUCACAGACCUCCGUUAGCUGUAGUUUUGGACUGCCUUACCUAGAAUAACAUUCGGCAGUAAUUAGCACUAAACUAAGUCUGUGAAACCAGCCUGUAAUGUUUUCUAACCUUUUUUAAGAUUUGACUGUUGUCGUCGUCUUCUUAUUAUUAGUAGUGGUGUUGUUGUUGUUGUUAUUAUUGUUAUUAUUAUUAUUAUUAUUAUGUCUUGACAUGCAUAACCGUAGAUCAGCGCUCAGCUCCAGCUGUGCAGUUUUGUGAUAGACUCAUUUAUAUCCACUGUGCAGAAAGCAGCUGUCAGUCGUGAUGUAGUUAUUUUGUAUGAAUUCCUGUUCUUGAUGACUUCAAUAUGAUCACUGGUUGAUUUGUAAGCACUUUUAACAUCAAGUUGCUUAGUUUCUCUUGUGGUUGUCAUUGCUUCAUGGUUUUAGCGUUUGGUUAUUUUUUGUGAACUUGCCAGGGGAGACCGCAGAAGCGGCUUCCUGCAUUCCAUCAUUGUGUCACAGUAUGACAUCACAGUGACCUUUCACAGCCUAACAUUCUCUCACAUUCCAAAUAAACACGUUUGUUUCGAAGCUG